AUGGCCAUGGUCGGCCGGCAGAAGGUCUGCCACAUGCGGCCGCACAACAAAGAGCCUGAAUGGUCCAGCAUAUGCAACAAUGUCCUUGACCAAUACCUAGACGACGACGAUCUGUUUGGCUUUGGCACCGAGCAAAGAAAGACAAGCUCCUCGGACGAUUCUGUGAAUCUCUUUGGCUUCUCAGGCGCCAGCGAACAAAGCAACCAGACUUCCGGUACAUCGCCAAUACCUUCCAUCGAGCUGCCCGAUUACCCGCCGAGUGAGGCCCAGCAGCCAAAGGCGAAAGUACCGUUGGACUUUUGGCACAAGAAGCUACGAGCAUUGGAACAACAUGCAGCAGCAUCAGAACAACACACUCAGAAGCUGCGGACAACGAAGUCCCACCCAGACUUCCUGAGUCUAGGUGGCUAUCCUUCGCCACCUGCGAUGCUACAAUCACCCACUGGCCAAUCAUACUCUGCGCAGCGUUCAAAGUCUAGAUCGACCGCAAACGGAAAGAAGCCUCAGACCCAGCGCAGUGUCACCAACUUACGAGCUGUCUCGAGGGGUCGGCCGACUGGAGUAACGAAGCCACCUGCCGCCGCCGCCGCUGGCGCUCAGUACAGCACAACUCGCAAGGCGAGUGCCUCACCAUCCAAGAUGAUGAACCCUUCUCGCUUCCGCGCAGGGUUCAAAAAUGUUUGGGCAGAUCGCAUUGAAUCGUCGCCAAGCAAAUAUGAGCUCAGACUGCCCUCUCAGACGUUCCCAGCCUCGCCGCCACAUUCGGGCAAGUCAAUGUCAGACUCCUUCGCUGCUUUCGGCUCACCGAUCAAUUACGACCCGAUUCCUGGAUACGAAGACCAGAUCUCUCCAUUGGCAAAGACAUUUCGCCAAGCCCGGCUGUACACGCCUACGCAGUCGCCGUUGUUGAGUCCCGGCAGUCUACCAGCGUCAUCAUACUUUGAAGCCAUACCGCCUCUCCCAUCGAACCCAUACGCCGCGCAGACGGUACCACUCAACGACACCGCUCCUCUGUAUCCUGAUCGAAGCGACUCUCUUGCAGCGAACAAGAUUCAAUCGUUCGACUUCGGCUUCUCGGGUUCACCAGAUGACGACCUCUGGGGAAGUGGAAAUUUCCAGGAGCCAUUGAGUGACCCGUAUAUCUCUGACCCUUUCACUGACAAUGAUCCAUUCGGCACCAACACACGAAGUCAUUUGGACAACUCGACACUCGACCUCGGUCUCGGUAUCAGUUGCGAUCCAACGUUGAUCUCCACCAGUUAUGCGCCGACAAACAACCGCAUCCUUCCUAGCUCUACCUACAAUCCUCAUCACGAACCUCCAAGUCCAUACUACGUUCCCUCGCUCCCCAACGGCUUGCCCAAUACCCACUAUCGCCGCCCUGAGCCGCAAUUCACUCCGAAUGGCCUACCUCACACGCCUCACCGACGAGCAGGCUCGGACUCGCCUUCUCCGCCAGAGACCGAGCCCCAUCGUCGACAUCGCUCGUCAUCCCGGCGAACGUCCCGUCACCAUCGACAGACGAAGUCGUCGAAUCCAGCUCCGCGGACAACCACGGGCGGUGCUCAAGGUGGCUUCGUCAACUAUACGCCGCAGGAUUGUAACAAGAUCCUUAGUGGGGUGGCACCUUCCGGCAGCUCGAAGACGAAAGCGAGAAGGGAGAAGGAAGCGCUAGAUAAGAGAAGGAGAUUGAGUCAGGCGGCGAUGAAGGCUGUUAUUGAGGCGGGUGGGGAUCUGGACGCUUUGACCAAGGCUGGGCUGGAUGGAGAUUUGACGUAUUGCGAUUAG